AUGGCCUCUUCGGCACGAACAUUCCUCGCUUUCCAGCGAAACGCAAAGCUUCACUCCCUCGUGACAAAAGUCACAGCAAUCCGUCCCUUCAACACCCUCGAAGAGGAGAACCGUGAGCUAUUUAAGCAAGGCACCGACGAUGACUUUGCCGUCGUCACGGAACAAACAAUCUUCCAUCCUCAAGGCGGAGGCCAACCUUCCGACGUUGGAAAGAUGGGUGGUGAACCUGGUACUUCAUUCACUGUCGCUGCUGCGCGCAUGGAUGCUGUGAGGGAUGGCCAGGUUCUGCACUUUGGCAAGUUUGAGUCCGAUAAGAAGUUCGCAGAAGGCCAUAUGGUCACGACAGAAAUUGACGUUGAGAAACGUCUUCUAUACUCCCGUUACCACACCGCCGGCCACGUCCUUGGCUCCGCAGUAAACCAUCUCCUAAAAGACAAAGUCGAAGGAUUCGAAGAACUCAAGGCCUCUCACUUCCCGGACUCAGCAUCAUGCGAAUUCCAGGGCCUCAUCGAAGGAAAGUGGAAAGAUCCCAUCCAAGCCAAAGUGGACGAGUUCAUCGCCGCCAAGAUGCCUGUGGAGAUUGAGUUCUGGGAUGAGGAGGAUUUUAAGAAGAACGGGUUGGAGCAUCUUACGCCCGAUGCGAGCUUUGUUGCGCCAGGGGAGAAAUUUAGAGUUGUGAGGAUUGUUGGUGCGGAGGUUUAUCCUUGUGGUGGUACGCAUGUUGAUACUACUGACUUGUGUGGAGAGACAACUGUUAGGAAGAUUUCGAGGAGUAAGGGGAAGUCUAAGGUCAGUUAUCUAGUGAAAUAG